GGAUUUAACGGGAGGUCACCGCAACAUUUUCAGGAAACAUGAGCACAUCGUUGGGUCAUUACGGCGCUGUGUCUUUGGACAUCAAGAAGGCGCAUGAGACGAGCAACAAGCCCGCGCGGUCGGCCGUGGCGCACUCUUUGAUUCUCCAACAGGAAGCCGGGGAAGCGCGUUGCAUUCCGGAAGCAGCCUCGCAGAAAGUGCAGCUGGCCAUCACGUCGUCGAUCAUCAUCAACGUCAUUCUGGCGAUUGCCAAGACGUACGCCGCUAUCACGAGUGGGUCUCUUGCCGUGUUGUCGUCUCUUGUCGACUCGAUCUUGGAUCUGACGUCGCAAGGCCUGUUCUGGUUCUCCGAUCGGUACAUGCACACCCCAAAUGCCAAGUAUCCCGCCGGUCGCCGCCGCUUGGAACCCAUCGCAGUCGUCGUUUCCGCCACGUUGAUGGGCAUGGCAGCACUGGAAGUCGUGCAGAAGUCGGUCACGACUCUCAUCGAAGGCUUCGGCGGACAACUGCCGGAACUGGACAUGUCCAUCCCCACCGUUGCUGUCUUGGGCAUCGCCAUCAUCGUCAAGCUCAUGCUGUGGUUCCUCUGUGGCCAGAUCGCGUACGUCUCCCCUUCUGCUGCCGCCCUCGCCCAGGAUCACCGCAACGACGUCUUCAGUAACGCGGUGGCUGUAACGACGUCAUUGGUUGCGCACUACAACUCGGAGUUGUGGUACUUUGAUCCUAUCGGUGCCAUCGCCAUCUCCAUCUACAUCACGUUGAGCUGGGUGGCCACGGGCAAGGAGCAAGUCGAACGCCUCGUCGGACUGCAGGCCGACCAAGACUUUAUCGACCGCGUUCGCACGAUUGCCGACGCCCACCACCCCAAGCUCCAGUCAGACAUCAUUCGCGCCUAUCACUUUGGCAACAACUUUUUGGUGGAAUUGGAAGUGGUGCUGCCAAAGGACAUGAGUGUACAGGAGUCCCACGACAUUAGCUUGGCGCUCCAGAUCAAAGUCGAAGCGCUGGAUGAAGUCGAACGAGCGUUUGUGCAUGUAGAUUACCAGAGCCGCGACUACGACGAACACAAGGACCCCACGGCGCGCCUCGAUUAGGCUCCAUAAGCUGACGUUAUAGUGAAUCUCCAGUGUAAUUGCCUUAUCUAGUACAGAUACUUAAACCAACCCCUACCAUGCAAAAAAUGUUGAAGCCACC